AUGGCUGACGAACAUAGAGUAACUUUAGAAAGACUAACUACUAUUAUCAUUACCUUUAAUGUACAGGAUGCCCCCAGUCCUCUUGCUCCUCGGGCAAAUGUCAAGCCCAAGUCUAAGAUCUCAGCCUCCAGGAAACUCUCAUUAAAGAUCCUGCUGCUGCAGAGGGCGAUGGAGGAUCUGGAGCAGGAGACAGUGACUCGUGAUGAGGAAAAGGUGAAAUAUUUAGGGGAGAAGCUACAACCCCUACAAAUGUCUGGCCUUGCAAUGGACGAGUUACAGAAACUUUGCAGGCAGCUUCAUGCCAAAAUUGAUGUUGUGGAUGAGGAGAGGUAUGACUUUGAAGCCAAAGUGAUCAAGAACAAUAAAGAAAUUCACGAGUUAAAUCUGAAGGUGCAGGAUCUCGGGGGGAAAUUUAAGAAACCUGCUUUGAGAAAGGUGCGCGUAUCUGCUGAUGAGAUGAUGAGAGCACUGCUGGGCUCCAAACACAAGGGCUCAAUGGAUCUCCGAGCUAACCUGAAAUCAGUCAAGAAAGAGGAUAUAAAACAGGAGAAGGUGCUGACCAGUGAAGUGGGUGACUGGCGUAAAAAUGUGGAGGCUAUGUCAGGUAUGGAGGGCAGGAAGAAGAUGUUCGAUGCUGCUGGAGGAGGACAGUAAAGAGUACAUAUAUAUUUUGUAUAUAACAGUUUGCGCAUGUGUAUUAAGAGACUGAUAAAAAGUCAGAUAAAGAAGGGCAUUUGAAGAUGAUACUAGUAAGCAAGUCUAUUGAAGAGUUCCACCUGGUCUAUUUAAUAUUGACCAGAGUUAGUUUCAUGUUCGUCUCACAAUUCACAAAUUCCUUUAAUCCUACAUUUUUCUGCAUUUAAUUAGAAAUAACUGCUUACAUUUAUACUGUAAACUAAAUUUUUUAAUUUGUCUGUGUGUGUUCUAGUAAACUUGUAAAUGAAAUUAAAAUUUCAAUGUUAAAAA